AUGGCUUCAGGCGGUUCAGAGGGCGGCGACGACGACUCAAAGCCACCAGGCGAGGACAAGAGUGGGUUGUCCGAUGGCGACUGGCGAGCAAAUGCUCAUGAAGGAGAAGGAGGUCAAGGGUCUGUCAACUCUUGGGUCAAUGUCGACUCCAAUCAAAAGAUUAUUGACCGCAUAGCAAUCACAGAUUCCUGGAGCACCGAAGACACCGAGGAGCCCGAGAGAUACAGAGGUAUAUACGAGGAGCUAGUACGCAAAGGUAUGAGCAUGAGCGAUGCGAUCUUUGGAGGCUCCUCGAGAAUACCGUUUUACAAGGAAGCCUAUGUCCAAGGAUUGCUUACUCCCGAAUCUCGAGCGACCGAGACCGGGACAGUACGUAUGCGUGGCUACAGGAGAGGCAAUGCAAACGACCCAAGGCGUGUCCCUGGAAGCAUUCACUGGCGCAUCUACAUGGACCAUUGCUAUGCUGGCGAUCUGUGGAAACUGAUAGAUUUCCAUGCAAUGGAUGGCACGCCUAUCCCAGAGUCGUUCAUAUGGUAUGCGAUGGAAUGCCUUGCCUCUGCCCUGGUACAAAUGGAAACCUGUGCAAGAGCACGGCCUUACGCACGCGAACAGAAGGACGAAACUAUCGUGCUAUUGGACAUCAAGCCAACGAACGUCCUUCUCGACAUGGCUGGGCAGAGUGGACGGUAUCCCGUAUAUCCUCGGCUGAGGAUUAGCGAUUUCGGAUCAGCCCAUAUCACCUACAAGGACGACCCAGAGAACAUGUACAACCGUUUGGAAAUGACAGUGACACCCGAAGAAGAAGAAGAAGAAGAAGAAGAAGAAGAAGAAGAAGAAGAAGAAGAAGAAGAAGAAGAAGAAGAAGAAGAAGAAGAAGAAGAAGAAGAAGGGGCACUGCCUGCCCCCCAUAAUUUGGGCAACUUGGGAGCUUACAAAGUUACAAAGGCAAGCGAUGAAGAUGGAGACGAGGGAGCCACCCAUCAUCAUGAUCUUGACGACUCGAAAUCAGCCGAAGAAAAGGGAGGACUGCCUGCCCCCCAUAAUUUGGGCAACUUAGGAGCUUACGCAAUUACAAAGGCAAGCGAUGGAGAUGGAGACGAAGGAGACGAAGGAGACGAAGGUGAGGGAGAUGGAGACGAGGAAGAUGGAGAUGAGGUAUCCAUACAUCAUCAGGAUCUUGACGAGUCGUCAUCUGAGGAAGAUGAGAAUAUGCAUGUUGAAGUCCCAGACAUGGUACCCUAUGACGAGAUGGACGUCUGGGAGGAGUCUGUUGAACAUGGGAAAUUGUACGUCGGAGCCGGAAACGAAGGAGCCGGAAAGGAAGACUCCGGGGACAAUGAGUUCGGAGAUAAAGAAGCCAGAAACGAAGGAGACAAAGACGGAGAGGAUGAAUCCGAACAGGAAGAAGACGGAGAAGAAGAAUUCACACCCUGGUACUCAUGGACGAACGUGUGGCAACUCGGGCGAACCAUAGAAGUCAUGAUGCGAACGGAAGAGGUGGAUGACUGUGACUGGGAUGAUCCUGACAGCGACAAAGAGUCAAAAAUUCAAACUGACCCUCCAGAUCAUCCAAACGACCCUGACUUUCUCUACAGUGAAGAUCUCAUUGACCUAGUAUGGCCGACACCUACUGAACUUCUGGACAUGAUAAAUUCGAUUUCUCCUGUCCACAAUGAACGAAUGGACGCUUGGGGCACCGAAGACUGGGUCCAGGAACAGUACGACGACAUGGGUCCUCUUACUGAGGACCACAAGAGGUUCAUGAAAGCAAGCAUCCAGCGGCGUGCAGCCGCUGGUAGAUUGUGGUUCCUUGACGAUUUCGAGGAUCGGAAUUUGGCCACACGUUAUCGAGAACUGGACUUAGAUAUCCCCGAAGAAUGCGAACUCAAAUGGCAGCCUGAGAAAUUCAGACACAGAGUAGGCCAGAUGUUUGGAGCUGAAGAAUCGGAAUCAGAGUCAGAGUCAGAGUCUACCGAGCGGUCUAAGAACAACAAACGACCCAGAACGAACAAAGCGAUCACGAUUACCCCACCCAAGAAGAAACAGAAGAUAUGA